AUGGCCAGUGAUGGGGCCGACCAAGUCUGGCGCGGAAAUGAGCGGGACACGCUGCAAGCGCAGGUGGACGAGGCCUUGGAGCCGCUGAAGAGCAGCAUGCCUUUCAUCAACGCCUCCUGCAGCCGGUGCCUCCGGAGCUGCCUUCCUGGGGAGGACGCCGCCUUCCGCGGCGAGGCCAGCUAUGAGUCCUGCACGGGCCGCUGUGGGCAGAAGUGCGUGCCGCACGGCCUGCCUGAGCUGCCGGAUUACUUCCAUGAAGGCAUUAGCGGGCCAGGGAACGUGACCCACUGGAGCGGCUGGAUUUUGAGCCUGCACCAGCUGCGGCAGCAGCUUAAGCUCGGCUGGUCCCAAGAGUCAGGUGAAUUUUCUUCGCCCGAGUUCCAGCGUAGCAGCAAGGCCUACGUUACAGUGCAGACAAUGGUUCAUGACCGGAACCUCUACGAUCCAAUCCGGCACGAUUGGACUGCCGCCCACUACUUGAAGGACCUAAAGAGCCGCUUCGGCGGCGUGGACCAGGUGCUGCUUUGGGCUGGGUACCCCAACCUCGGGGUUGACACCAGAAGCAACCUGGAUCUCAUGGAGUCAGUGCCAGGCGGUAUGAGAACCGCAGUGGAGGUGGUGAUCGUGGGGGGAGGCCUGGCAGGGCUCUCCGCCGCCUGCGAGCUGCUGGAGCGCGGCUGCAACAUCGUCAUCCUGGAGAAGAGCCAAAACCUGGGAGGCAAUUCAUCGAAGGCCACCACAGGCAUUGCAGCACCGGGCAGUGAGUUGCAGAAAGCGAACGGUGUCACUGACAACGGUGCCGACUUGGUGUCCAUGGAGCCGAUUGCCAAAGAUAUGAUUGAGAAGGGUGCCAAGGACGUGGAUUGGCUCCUGAGCCUGGCUGGAUGCAAGGAUGAGAUGGUACUGCGCCUGACCCCGGGCCAUCAGAAGACUCCCCGCACGCUGGGCACCAGGGACCACUUCCCCGGAGCAGUGGUGACAUAUGCCGUCAUGCACCAGCUGGACACCAUCGCCAAGGCCAAGCCGGACAAGCUGAAGAUUGUGACCUCGGCCACCGUCACGAAGCUGGUUGUGGAAGGCUCCAAGGUGACCGGUGUGGAGUACCAAGCUGGCGGCGCACAGAAAGAGAUGGGGGUGGUCUUGCUGGCAACCGGUGGCUUUGCUGGGGACACCUCACCUGCAUCUUUGCUGGCCCGCUAUGCGCCCCAACUCAUGCAGCUUCCCACCACCAGUGACGAGCGCACCAAUGGGGAUGGACUGAGCAUGGCUACUGAAGUGAAGGCAGCGGUGAAGAACAUGAACAUGGUGUCAGUCUACCCCACUGCCGCUGUGAUUCCUGGCAUGGAGAACGACAAGUUCAAGAUCGUGCUCUCUGAUGCCCUUGUCGGCGCUGGCGGCAAGCUCAUCAAUUAUGAGGGCGUGCAGUUUGUCGGCGAGCUGGAGACUGCGCAAAAGCGUGCAGAUGCCAUGGGACGCACCAAGGGGCCUUUCCGCAUCGUGAUCUCUGAGAAAGAUACCGAGGCUGUGAAGUGGCUUUGUGACUUCUACGUAUCCCGCAACGUGAUGAAGAAGUACAGCAAUGCUGCACAGCUGGCUGCUGAAAUGCGCGUUCAGCCCAACAAGUUGCCACCUUUGGGAACUGGAGCUGUGCUAGUUGCUGUGGUCACCCCUGCCACCUACACCUGCGCGGGUGGCUUGGCAGUGGACCAGGGCAAGGUCCUCACCAGCACGGGAGCCCCGAUCGAAGGGCUGUUUGCUGCAGGCGAAGUGACAGCCUGCCCUUGUCCCAACGCGUGGUCUGCUUCUGGCGUGCCCUUGCUCUACUCCAUCUACACGGGGCGACUUGCGGGUGCCAGCGUGGGUACGGCACUGGGGGCCAAGGAGAAGGUCAUCGAUUUGGUUGCCAUCGCAAACGCGCUGGAAGAAGUCAAGAAAGAGAAGAAGCCGGAAGACAUGACAAAAGACGAGCUCUUGGCUUACUGCAAGGAGCUCGAGUCGCGCCCGGCUGCUGGUCCGGCCGCGCCGGCCGGGCCACCGGGAGUGACGCUUGAGGAGGUGGCGAAGCACAACAAGAAGGACGACGCUUGGGUCGUGGUGAACGGCGAGGCGAUUGAUGUGACGAAAUGGAUCACGAUUCACCCUGGUGGAGAGCAAGCGAUCAUGGCGUACUUGGGCAAGGAUGCCACGGAGGAGUGGAACAUGAUCCACAAGCCAGGUACCGUGGAGAAAAAUGCGCAGCACCUGAAGAUGAUGGGCAAGAUCGGCGCGGGCGGUGCCCCGGCGGGAGGAGCAGCCGCGGCGCCUGUGAGCGACGGGAUGUCCCCAGACGAGGUGGCAAAGCACAACACCAAGACGGAUGCCUGGAUCAUCCUCCACGGAGAGGCUCUUGACGUGACCAAGUGGAUCUCAAUCCACCCUGGCGGCGAGCAGGCAAUCAUGGCAUACUUGGGCAAGGAUGCAACUGAAGAGUGGGUCAUGAUCCACAAGCCCGGAACGGUUGAGAAGAACAUGCAGCACUUGAAGAAAAUGGGCAAAGUCUCGGGAGCUGUGGCUGCGGCCGCGCCCGCUGCAGCUGUCGAUGAUUCACCACCGCCACCAGAUGGAGAUGGUGGCGUGCCAGGCUUCAUCGGCGCCGUUUGGUUCUUGCUGAAAAAUGUCAUGCUCAUGGUGAUGCGCACCGUCUUCUUCACGGGGAACCUGAAGUUCAGCUUGGACAACAACCGGAACGGCACCAUGCGCUCCGCAGUUUUCCUCAUUACCUUCACCAUCGUCCAUGCCUUGGGGAACUUUGUGGACAUGUUGGGGGGCCCUGCGGAGCUGAACGGUGAGGGUUACCUCUUUGACCGCAUCCACUGGACUGGGGCCUUUGGCUACAUCAAGGAUUUCCCUUUCUCUGUUGUGGAGGAAUACCUGGCUUUGGCGUUGCUGCUGCAUGUGACAGUGGCCUUGAAGCGGUCUUACGACAUCACCAUUGGCUAUACCAUUGCGACCGGGCGAUGGAACAUGCUCUUGUCAGGCCUGGUGAUCCUGACUUUUCUAAUUAAGCACCUUCAAGACUUCCGCUUCUACCCAUACUACGACUAUGUGGAGCUGAAGGCCCCUCCAAUGCUGGUGAAUGUGAAGGGUGUGCUGUCUGGACACAUCUUCACGGACCCCGAUGGCGAGCUUGUUAAGGCACGAGACCUGUACAGCCGUGAGGUUGCCCUCUUCAAAGAUCUGAACACGGUCCUCGUGUACUCCAUUUGCUUGGCCCUGUUUGUGACGCACUUGUGUCUGGGCUGGAAGAAGCUGGUGCCAGCGGAUGCCAUGCAGAUCCCUCGGGAUCACCAGAACAUGGUGAUUUACAUGGGUUGGGCGGCAGCCUUGGCCAUCGCGGGCAUGUACGGUUCCGUCCCGUGGUAUGUGUACUUUGCCAAGCCAGAGGUGGUGGAACACAUCAAGAGCUAG